AUGCAGUCCGCUCUGCAACUCGUCUUGCAACAAGCUGUAAAUCAGUCUAUGCCUCUUAACCAAGCUCUUGCCUUCAAAUUCUUGAGAUACCACUUUCACAUUGAAAUGCGUCUCGCCAUCACUUCCUCUAACACCAGCAUGGCCCGCAUGCUGAUAAGAAACAUCCUCGAUUUCCAACUCGACAGAACUCAACUCUUUUUCCAGAGUCUCCUUUAUCCUCAUCCCCCUAUCACCCAAUACAUUUCUAAUGCCAGAAUGCUCCCUCAAAUCAUUAUCUGUUUCACUAAACUUGACCUCACCAUUUCCAACAUUAUCAUCAGCAUUUGGGACCAAACUCGAAAUCCGUUAUUCCUGGAUGGAGUUAAGCUCUGCUGCAACCCUAAAAGAACAACGAAAUCUGGCGACACCUUCACGAUCUCUUCCACGGGCCGGCCCGAAAGGCCUUGGACUAGCAAAGCGGCCAGCCCCUUAGUGAGAACCGAAUCCGAAUCUGCUUCAAAGAUUACGUUUUUAUCACCAUCCAAAUAUGCCCGGACCCAAACCUGCGAAACACAGCCCUAUAUUCCUAAUCACGUUGGAAUAGUAGACUAUGCGCGUGAAUAUUGCAAUCAUUAA